GCUUCUCCAGUCAAACUGUUUGCGAGGCUCCUCGACUACAGAAACAGUUCGCAGUAAGAGGUUUACCUGUUCUUAAACUAACCAGAGAAGCUGACGCCUUAAUGGUGGACUAUAGACACAUCUCCGUGAUUAUUCACUGUGGAAAUAUAGCUAUUCCUUUACAAGACCUCCAAUACUAGCGUUUUGAUGUCACAUUCCCAAAGCAACUGAGCCCCUUCAGAGAAACAGCAGACAUAAAGAUAGCCAAAGGAUUCUUCAUCUUCAGAGAGGACAAAGAAUAAGGAAGAAGGGAGGUUUUGAAGCUGGAACACCCACCACCCUUAUUGAAUAAUGGUGACUUUUUGAGAUUGCGUUGAUCUCAGGUCAAGGCCUACAUGCCACUGUGAUCACUAAGAAGUGGACAAAGGAAAAAAAUAAUUUACAAAAAUCAUAUAAAAAGGAGGUGCAAAUCUCAUCACUGAGAGACGAUCCCCUCACAAACUGAAUUCUGGGAAACAGAAUGCCAGCUAAGACGCCCAUGUACUUAAAGACUACCACACCCAAGCGGGGGAAGAAGCUCAAGCUGCGAGACGUCCUGUCCAGUGACAUGAUUAGCCCCCCGCUAGGGGACAUGCGCCACAGUGCCCAUGUCGGGCUGGAGGGAGAGGGCGACAUGUUCGGAGACGUAGGCUUUUUACAGGGCAAGAUGGACAUGUUGCCCGCCCUGAACGGCUUACCACGGUCCCACAGUAUGGAGAGGCAGCUGGAUGAAGUGUACCCCAUGAACGACAAAGGACUCAACCACUCUUGUAACAACCACCGCAAUCCCUACCACCAUUCCACCAGCAUGCUGAAGAGCACCAUCUCCAUGCCUGUGUUCAUCGCCCCCGAGCAGGCCCCUCCCAAGCCGCCUCGGCUCCACCUGGAGGACUUGACCCCCCCGUCCCAGCAGCAACAGCAGCAGCAGCAGCACCAACCUCAGCCGAACAACCAUAACCACAACGACCACAACCAGCAGCGGCAUCACUCCAUGUCUGUGUGUGACCAGGGUGUCGGCUGUUACAUGGACCCCUGCCACGACCUUAAUUACUCUGCCUCCUUCAGGCACCUGGUGCCCUCCUCCGGCUCCUUCUCAGAGGUCUCCUCAGAGGACUCCAUGUCAGAGAGCUGUGGCCCCCUGGAACCUCAGAGGGGGCUGAGCCUGGAUUCAGACGCUGGCCUGAGCAAUGAGGACCUGAGGAGCGAGCGGAGUGAGUCGCCCACCGCGUGCCCUAGAUUCUCUCCCGGUGUCUCCCGCUCAGAGUCCCUGAUGGGCUUGGAUCUGGACCUGGGGCCAUCCAUCCUGGAGGACGUGCUGAGGAUCAUGGACCGCUACAAGAGGGUUGAUGACCACUGUGAUUUGUGAGCAGAUGGGGGGAAAGCGGUUUAGACACUGCUGUGCAGAGAGGUGUCUGGUACACUUUUUUUUUUACCAUCCUCCAUAUAGCCUAAUGAUGAUUGGGCUAGUCAGGCAGACAGACAGACAGACAGACGGACAGACAGACAGACAGACAGACAGACAGACAGACAGACAGACAGACAGACAGACAGACAGACAGACAGACAGACAGACAGACAGACAGACAG